AUGUGGGCAGCUGUAAUUCAUCCAUUUGCGGAGCAUAUAGCAUAUUUUGUGCUGUUUGCAAUACCAAUGGUCACCACAGUGCUUAUUGGAUCAGCCUCGUUGGUCAGUGGCUUUGGUUAUAUCACCUACAUUGAUCUGAUGAACAACAUGGGACACUGCAAUUUUGAGUUCAUUCCCAAGUGGAUUUUCUCCAUUUUCCCACCUCUCAAGUACCUCAUGUAUACCCCCUCAUUUCAUUCUCUGCAUCACACUCAAUUUCGGACAAACUACUCACUUUUCAUGCCGAUAUACGAUUACAUAUAUGGCACCAUGGACAAGUCCACAGAUUCACUACAUGAAAUAUCACUGAAAAGAGAAGAAGACUCACCCAAUGUAGUGCACCUAACACAUCUAACAACCCCAAACUCCAUCUAUCAUCUUCACAUAGGGCUUGCUUCCUUGGCCUCCAAGCCUCAAAUGUCACAAUGGUACCUGUGGCUCAUGUGGCCUGUGACAUGCUGGUCCAUGAUCAUCACUUGCAUCUAUGGCUCUGCCUUCAUUGUAGAGAGAAAUACCUUUGGGAAACUCAAGCUACAGUCAUGGGCUAUUCCAAGAUACAACAUACAAUACUUGUUUAAACGGCAAAGAGAAGCCAUCAGUGGCUUGAUUGAAGACGCUAUACUAGAAGCAGAGGCAAGAGGCAUUAAUGUGUUAAGUCUAGGUCUUUUGAACCAGGGUGAAGAACUUAACAAUAAUGGGGAGGUUUAUAUACAGAGGUACCCUCAGCUCAACGUGAAGGUAGUUGAUGGAAGUAGCCUAGUAGUAGCUAUUGUGCUGAAUAGCAUUCCAAAAGAAACAACACAAGUCCUCCUUGGAGGCUGUUUAUCCAAAGUUGCUUAUUCUAUUGUCUCUGCUUUAUGCCAAAGAGAGAUCCAGGUAUCUACCAUUUACAAAACUGAAUAUGAGAAGCUUAAGCUGGCAACUAAAUUUGGAAACAAUGUGGUUGUCUCAGAGAGUUAUGCUGAGAAGAUAUGGUUAGUGGGAGAUGGAUUAAGUGAAGAAGAACAAAGGAAGGCAUCAAAAGGAACAAUUUUCAUUCCUUUCUCACAAUUUCCCCCAGAGAGAGUGCGCAGUGACUGCCUGUACCACUACUCUCCAUCAAUGAUGGCUCCCAUUUCUCUUCAAAACUUGGACUCUUGUGAGAAUUGGUUGCCAAGAAGGGUGAUGAGUGCUUCACGUGUAGCUGGGAUAGUGCAUGCCUUAGAAGGAUGGAACCUCCAUGAGUGUGGCCAGAAGAUGUUUGACAUUGGCCUUGUUUGGGAAGCCACUCUUAAACAUGGCUUUAAGCCUCUUUGAUCAUGAUAUGAUUCCAAUUUAGUCACCAAAAUAAAUAAAUAAAUAAAAACCCUUCGAUUGUACGCAAGUUUGCCUAUAACAGUCCUGUUUUAUUAGUUCAUUCCAAAACUUUAAUAUCUGUACUGAACUUUUCAUUUUUCAUGUAUUUUUCUCCCCCUUUCUAUGUAAGGGUCGU